AUGUCAGACCCACCCACCACACCCACAACCUGUGCGGCAGCUAAACCCGGAAGCGAACCAGUAUUCUGCAACCAUCUGAACGAGCUAGAAUUCGGAAUCAAACGAGAAUGUGCUAAGUCGCCACCGAUAGAGGCUAAAGUCACGGAGGCAGGAACGUCAGCUGGUGAGACAUCAGAAACAGCAGGCGGAAGAAUGGAAGCGGGAACGGGUGGAAGGGAACGUCGAGGAUCUACUCACAACUGGAAAAACUACGACGAGGUAGUGGCUUGGAGUGGGUAUUUCAGUGGCAGAUGA